AUGGGACGUACCUACCGUACGCCCUCCCCCACUAAGGAGGCCUAUAUCAGCACCAGCAACGUGAACUCGCCCUACGCUCCUCCAGAAGCCCGCCACGCAAGCUAUCAGCAACCCGCAAUAAAGACAGAAGAGCAACAUCAACGAGAUGAUGCAGCCUUAGCCCGUCUCCGAAGCGAUCUUGAUGUCAACAGCGACUCGGUUGACCCAAAGCCGUUCAAUAAGACCGCUCCCGUCAACAGUGAGGGUGCUGAAGGUAUAGCGCAACCUGACGAGCCGCAAACACCCAAGAAGAAGCGCACACCGAUUCUUUGGCACGGUUUACCUUCGCCUGAUACACCCACUUUCCAUGGCGAUGCAGGCACUACGACUUCAGCAGCAGACUCUACGCGAACUGAGCUAACCGAUCGUGGCGGUAUUGACAACGUCAAAAUCACGAUCUCGCCGGCCUUCGGUAUUACAACACAGAAUGAUGACGAACUUGCGCGCGAGCUGGCACAGACUCUCAGUCCUUCGUUAACCCGUAGGAGUACCAGACUGCGCAAGCAACCAAAGCCGAUAUAUACUGUCCAAGUACCAGUCACAGCGCCCAGGACUCUUCGUAAGCUACUCCCCGCAACGAAAGCGUCAGAUCCCGCGGCACAACCGGAGUUCAGCUUCAGCACUGAACCUAUCAAGGCCGACCCCGUACCGUUCGAUGGACUGCCAACCGUUCACUCGCUGUCCUGGCAGCUCCAAUAUCCACCUGGAGGCAGCACCCACCCUUGCUACCCGUAUCCUGCACUGGACCCGCGUCUUCUCUUCCAUCAGGCUUUCGUUCCAAUCAUCGGCGGACUACCCGACUUCAAGUUGGUGCCAAAGCUCGUGCUCCCAAUGGGCUGGAAGCAGGUUUCAUGGUCUGGCCUACUGCCGAUCGUUUUCGAUCCAUAUCGCCAGGCUUUCAAGCUCACACCAGUCGGACCAAUGCCGCUGACCUGUGAAGAACUUCACCAGCAAGGUCUUCAUAAGUAUGUCCCCGGCGGUGAAUUGCACCCAGAGUACGGUAUGUUGCCUGACAUGCUCAAGCUCAGCGACGGAAGCGAUGCAGAGGUCUUCAACUUCGAUGGAACGGAUUGGACCUUGCCGUGGGAUGGGCAGUUGGACUUCCAUGCACCUUCGUCCGAGACCAUUACCAGGCGCGAGAGCGAAUCGUAUUCCACACCCUCAAGCCCAUUGGUCUUCACGCCAGUAGCCCCAACUCACUACAACGAAGCCUGGGACUGCCCCGACGGUAUCAUCGACUUAUCUGAUGCAUGGAGAUGGCUAGCUGAGUACGACAUCAAGCCUACAUCGAGCUUCAUCGCCUCCUCGGGCAAAACUUGGAGAGGUACCGGCAGCCACCGUGUUCCCCGCCGCUACAAGCAACCGAUCGCAAGUCUGAUGUCGAAUACCAUCGCCACCCUCGUGUCCAAUCCUACUGAGACUUUCCUUGUCAACCAGGAUACCAGAGAGUUCUGUACCUUCAGGAGUGUUGCGACACCCGUCCAUGUCAACAUCACUCUUCUCGAAGACAUGGAGUUCACCUUGAAAGAGCUGCUAUGCUACUUCCCUUGGCAUUACUACUGGAGGAAGGCGGCCGAUCGAUUCGUCGCGGCAGGUCUGUCUGGCGGGGAUGUGGCCAAUAUGAUCAAUCUGACCAGAAAGCUUGAGGGUGAUGCAGCAAGGAAGUCUGGUGGAAUUACUGGCAACAUACUGUAUGAGACAGCAGAGGACGGCACGCGCGUCAAAAUCGUACGCUCCGGUGACGGGAAGCCAAGAUACACGGCUCAAGGUUGGACUUACGAUCAAUGGGAGCUAGCCGACUAUCCCCUACUCGGCCUUGCGCAUGGGCUGGUGGAACUACCAACUGGAGAAGAUGCGGGACCGUUGACAAAGAUGAUCAUCUGGUGUCGCGAGCAGGGCAAGUAUCGUACGAUGCUUUCCGAAGUACCGGCGCUGUUGGAGGAAGCAGGUAUUGAGGAAAAGAUUCAGCGGCCCGAGAUUGGAUGUCCGGACCAGAUGAUGUUUUUUGAUCAUGCCGAGGUGGUGAAGGAGGACCGUAAGAGGGUGAUUGCGAGUGAGAAGCUGCUGAAGAGGAAGAGGGAGCAUGAGGGCAGGGAGGAGACCAGGGGCAGAAAGAGGAAGUCAGAGUAG